CGAAGAAAAGAAGGAAGGAUGGGUAGCCGAUGGACGCUGCUUUUGUACUUGUUCAGCAUGCUGCUGAUUUUGACAGGCUUAACGGAGGCUGAGGAGGCCACCGUUGCGACCUAUGCGGAUGAUCAGAAGGGAACUUGCCACUAUGAACUGAAGAUCCCCGCCGUUUCGUGCCAACAGUGCAAGUGUGAGUCCGACACGAGUACGACCGACGCUGUUCGUGAACUAGAAAAGCGUCUAAAUGCUAUGGAGAGGCAGAUCCAGCAAAUUACUACUAUGGUGCCUCCCGACUACGAGAUAUCUGACUACUCGACGACACCUUUCUCCUCUAUAAUCGAGAAUGACCACCCAUAUGCAUCGCCUGUUUUCAACGGCGAGGGCGUUUCGAUACAGGAGCUAUUAUCCUCGAGCCCAGAGUAUGACGAGCCAUCGCCGCCGGUACCCACGGGAAGCGACUAUAGCUAA